CCCGUCAGGUCGGAGGUUUAGCAUAAUGUGUAACGACUCGGUCCUGUCCGCAGGCUUCCAGAUCGACACCCCGGACAGCCUGGGGAGGACGUGCCUGCACGCCGCCGCCGCCGGAGGUAACGUGGACUGCGUCAAACUGCUGCUGAGUAGUGGAGGAGAACACAACCGCAGGGACAAAUGUGGCAGGACUCCUCUGCAUUACGCCGCUGCCAGCCGACACUAUCAGUGUCUUGAGACUCUGGUGGCCUGUGGGACAGACGUGGACGCCGUGGAUCAGUGGGGGCGCUCCGCCCUGCACUACGCCGCAGCCUCGGACCUGGACCGGAGGCGCAGCGUUGCUCUGGAGCCCGAGAGCGAAGGAGUCCAGGCCGAGCGGGAAAAGGAGGCGGCUCUAUGUUUGGAGUUCCUGCUUCAGAGCGGAGCGACGGCCUCGCUGAAAGACAAGCAGGGCUACAGUCCUGUUCACUACGCUGCAGCCUUCGGACACCGGCACUGCCUGGAACUGGUCAGACCCCCCCCCCCCCCCCACACACACACACACACACAGUUUAACACGUCACUUUAG